UUAUUUUUAUUUUUUAUUUUUUAUUAUUUCUCAAAUAUAUAUAUUUAUUUUAUAUCAUGUCCUUUCCAGUGAUUCCUCAAUCUACUACACCUCUUUUACCUUUUGGUUUCUCUGUACCUGAUAAACAAGGUUUGGUCAAACAGUAUGUGGGAAAGUCCUUGGAACAAGUCCGAACACCUCGUCUUGUAGUAGAUCGUGCCAUUGUUCAAAAGAAUGGUGAAAAAUUGGGUGCCAUUGCUCAACAACAAAAAGUUAAGAUUCGUGUUCAUGUCAAGACGCAUAAAACUAUUGAAGCUACUGCCAUUGAACUACAAGCUACAAAUACAAAGUCUAUUGUUGUCUCUACUUUGGCUGAAGCUUACUACUUGAUUCAAUCACCUCUUGUUUCUUCCAAUCAAUUGAAUGAUGUCUUACUUGGUUUACCUAUCAGUCCGGAUAAGUUUGAUGAUAUGUUUGCUUUGGCUGAUCAAAUCGAUACUUUUUCUAUCUUUAUUGAUCAUGAUCAAACUUUGGAUGCUUUGGAUACUUAUUACAAUGAAAGAUUUGGUCAAGACUCUGAUCGUCGGGUGAAUGUCUUCUUUAAAGUAGAAUGUGGUAAUGGUCGUGCAGGUGCUGCCAUUCAUAAUGAAGCAUCUUUGAAACUUGCUCGUCGAUUGGUGAAUUCUCCAUAUAUCAAUUUGAUGGGUCUCUAUACACAUGCAGGACAAUCUUAUGCUUGCCGUGAUGAAGCCUCAGCAAUAGCUUUUCUUCAAGCAGAACGUGAUGCAGCCAUUCAGUAUCGGGAUUAUCUCAAGGAGAAUGGUAUUAUCAUCAAUCAAUGUUCCAUCGGUGCGACACCAACAGUAAUGGCAGCUGGAUUGGCUGAUAGUUCUGUGUUGGAAGGGAUCACCGAACUUCAUGCUGGUGCAUUUGCUUUUAUGGAUCGACAGCAAGUGGCUACCUCUUUGGCUACUAAUGAUGAUGUAGCUAUUACUGUACUCUCUCGUGUGGCCUCUCGUUAUCCUGAACGUGGCUCUAUCUUACUCGAUGCUGGUGCUCUUGCCUUUUCCAAGGAUCCUUCUCCUCAAGGUGGGUUUGGUGAAAUAGUUGGUCGUGAACAUUGGAAACUGAACAAGAUUGCUCAAGAACAUGGCGUUGUGACCGAAGUUCCUGCUGCUGAUUUCAAAGAUGCUCCUGUUGGUACUCUCUUCCAUGUCCGUCCUAAUCAUUGUUGUUUGACUGCAGCUUGUUUUGAAUUUUAUUUGGUUGUGGAAAAUGGAGGUGAUAAAAUCGUCGAUGUAUGGGUGCCUGUCCGUGGAUGGUAAUUCUAACAAUUAGUUUAGUUUAUAGAUGAUAUAUAUAUUGUAGUAUUGUAGAAAUUGUAUACUUAAAAAGAGAUGAAUAAAAACAUGAUGCCAUUUGUAUCUGAUGAUAAUGGAU